GGCCCCACUGGGUGUCCUGGGAGCUGCGUGGCCAUGGACGUGGGCGCCAACGAGUUCGAGCAGACGCUGCCCCUGCUGCAGGAGCUCGUCCAGGACGCGGACUUCGUGGGUCUGGACAUAGAGUUCACUGGCCUCCGUUCUAACUUGUCCGGGUCCCAGCAGAUCAGUCUUUUUGACUUGCCAUCGGAGUGGUAUCUAAAGACCCGUCAGAGUGUUCAGCAAUUUACAAUCUGUCAGAUUGGAUUGUCUGUGUUUUCCAGUGUUAAAGGAGAGUCAAACAAGUAUAUAGCCCAUUCGUGUAACUUCUUUCUCUUCCCUACAACAUUCGGGAUUUUGGAUUCAGAAUUCUCUUUCCAGGCUUCUAGUGUUCAGUUUUUGAACCAAUAUGGCUUCGACUAUAACAAGUUUCUCAAAACUGGAAUCCCAUAUAUGAAUGAAGAGCAAGAGAAGAAAAUUAAGCACAAUAUCCUAACUGGGAACUGGAGAGUCCGCAGUUCUUUGGAUAAAGACCAAAUCAAGGUGGUGAUUGGUGAAGUGACACGGUGGCUGGACCUGGCAAAGGAGGGCGACUGGAUGACUCUUUCUGGGAUCACUGGGUUCCAGGCCUUUGAGGUCCAGUUAGUGCUGAGGCAAGCCCUCCCCAACAUCUGGACGGUGCUGAAAGACCAAGAUGUGAUAGUGAAGAAAGUGAGCAAACACUAUCGCUGGUGUCUUGAGAACACCUCUUGUGAUCGAGAGAGCUGCUGGAAGAAGAUUCUUCUCUCUGCAAGAGGUUUCUCUGUCUUUUUCCAGAUGCUGGCCAAAGCCCAGAAGCCCUUCGUGGGACAUAAUAUGAUGAUGGAUCUGCUGUAUCUUCAUGAGAAGUUCUUCAGACCUCUCCCAGAGAGUUACGAUCAAUUUAAGCUGAAUAUCCACAACCUAUUUCCAAUUCUCAUUGACACCAAGCAUGUGACAAAGGAUAUCUGGAAGGAACUGAAUUUCCCAAGGGUUUCAAAUCUUUCAGAAGUCUAUGAAGUCCUAAACAGUGACUUGAAUCCCACCAAGAAAUCUGGGCCAGUGAUUAUCCAUGCAAGCAAAUGUGAGAAGUAUGUUGAGACAAAGUGCCCCCAUGAAGCAGCUUAUGAUGCCUUCCUUUGUGGAUCAGUUCUUUUGAAAGUGGCUCACUUGCUCCUACAGAGAAUGCACGAUGAUGGUUGCACACCUGAGCCCUCCUUCUCUAAGUACCUUGAUGUGUUGUCUCCGUACGUGAACCAAGUGAAUCUUAUCCGAGCCAGGGUCCCUAAAAUUAAUUUCUCUGGUCCAGAUUACCCCAGUAUCCGACCUCCCAUCCUCAUCGUCAAUGUCAAGAGGUGGCCCAGGGUCAGCGAACAGCAAGUCUACCGCGAGUUUCAGAAUCUCUGCAAAUUUGAUGUCAGGCGACUCACGCGAAACCAGUUCCUGCUCUUGACCAACAAGUUUAAGGAUGCUCGGAAUAUCCUGAAGGAGUACAGAUGUCACCCGAACCUCCAGGUCUCCCUGUAUCGGUACUGGAGACACUCGCCAGACGUCACCUGCUUGCUACAGGUCUGUGGCAUCAUUACCUCCUGGGCCCUCAUUGCCCUUUUCCUCGGAAGACCCAGCCCCUGAGUGCCUGCAGCGCCCUGGGGCCCCGUCGCCGCUGUGCACGUGGAAAUCCCACUCAGCUUGCACACGAAUCUGCGUGGUCCUUACUGAAAACUUGGUUACGUUUUGAAUGUGAAAUUCUGUAAAUAGUCUCAAUGAUAAAGAAAUCCCUGGAUAUGGA